GCGGUGCAGAGCUAGAGGAAGUGUUCAGCCAUUUUAGACGAGGGCUCAGGCACGAACAAAAACAUUGAACUGAAUGUCAAUUUUUUUUUAUGUAGCUAACGGAUUGUGUAAAUAAAAUAUACUGGGCACUGAAAAGGAGACAGAACGAGGCGACUCAAAGUCUCCUUUUAAAAAAAGAGAGAAAGGUUGAUAAAGAUGGCCGUCGACAGGCGAGACGACAAAGAUGGAGAGCUCAAUGUUCUGGAGGAUAUCUUGACUGAUGCUCCAGACCAAGACGACGAGCUGUACAACCCUGAAAGUGAACAUGACCUGAACGAAAAGAAAGGUUCCAAGCGAAAGAACGAACGUGGAGAUAGCCAUGAUGCAAAGCGACUAAGGUCUUCUGGCCACUCCACCAGGCAGCUGGUUAAAAGGUCAGUAUCGUCCAGUGGAGCCAUUGGGAAAAAGGUGACCAGCCUGACAGGCAGACACCACCCUGAUGACUUCUAUGAAGACAGGAAGAACCAUUCUGGCAGAGGGAGAACUUCCAGGGCUGAUCUGUCCAAAGGGCACAGCAGAGACCACCAGAGGAGGAUCAAACCACUGAUGCCAGAGUUGAAUGAGAAGCUGAGGAGGACGAGUGCGGAGAGCGUGGGCCGGGUCAGCCGCUCCUCGAAAGAAGACGAAGAAGACGCACGGUCGGAGGAAUACGCUUCCGAGCAGGAGACGGGCAGUUCCGCAGGCUCCUCUGAAGGCAACCGUUCUGAUGGUGAGGAAGAGGAGGUGAUGGAGGAUGAGGACGAGGAAGGAGAGAAAGGCCCAGAUGAUGAUGAGGAGGACGAGGACGUCGAGGGAGAAGAAGGAGAAGACGAAGAUGAAGACUAUGAGCUGGAGGACGGCGACCAGCAUGAAGGGAACGAGCAGAAUGACUAUGACACGCGCAGUGAAGCCAGUGAUUCGCAGUCAGAAUCUGUCUCAUUCUCGGAGGGCGAGUCGGUGCACUCCGCCUCAGGUUCCGAGGCCUCGGAUAAGGAAAGAAAAGAGAAGAAGCACGCUAGAGGGAUAUCACCAAUCGUUUUUGAUAGAAGUGGAAGUUCAGCUUCAGAAUCAUGCACAGGGUCUGAAAAGAAGCACGAAAAGCUGCCGUCGUCUGUCCGUGCUGUGAGAAAAGAUCAAACCAGCAAGCUGAAAUACGUCCUGAGGGAGGCUAGGUACUUCCUGAUUAAGAGCAACAACCAUGAGAAUGUUUCUCUUGCUAAAGCAAAGGGGGUGUGGUCGACCCUGCCUGUGAACGAGAGGAAGUUGAACGCAGCAUUCCGCUCGGCUAGAAGCGUCAUCCUUAUCUUUUCUGUCAGGGAGAGUGGCAAAUUUCAAGGGUUUGCUCGACUCUCGUCCGAGUCUCAUCAUGGAGGUUCUCCCAUCCACUGGGUCCUGCCUGCAGGCAUGAACGCCAAGAUGCUCGGAGGAGUCUUCAAAAUCGACUGGAUAUGCAGGCGGGAGUUACCUUUUACAAAGUCAGCACACCUUACCAACUCGUGGAACGAACACAAGCCUGUGAAGAUCGGACGUGAUGGACAGGAGAUCGAGACGAACUGCGGCCUGCAGCUGUGCAUGCUCUUCCCUCCGGACGAGAGCAUUGACUUGUAUCAGGUUAUUCACAAAAUGCGCCACAAGAGGAGGACGCACUCGGAGCCUCGUUCCCGGGGCCGUCCCCCGCACAGAGAGCCCGCCCCCCGAGACCUGGGAAGGCGUCGUCCAGAGGAAUAUGACAUGCACAACAGGAAGCGACCCAGGAUUGACUAUCCUCCCGAGUUCCCCCAGAGACCAGGUUUUAUGCAAGACCCACGCAACCAGCCUGUGGACAGGCGCUUUUCUGGAGUAAGAAGAGAUGUGUUCCUCAAUGGCUCUUACAACGAUUACAUGCGAGAGUUCCAUCACAGCAUUGGGCCUCCACCUCCAUGGCAAGGGAUGGCACCAUAUCCUGGUAUGGAUCAGCCUCCUCACCACCCCUAUUACCAGCACCAUCCUCCGCCGCCCCAGGCCCACCCACCGUACUCAGGUCAUCACCCCAUGCCCCACGACGCUCGCUUCAGGGAGAAGAGGGUCGUCCGUUCGUUCUCCUCCAGUCUGCACGAUUAUGAUAUGCGUGUGGACGACUUCCUGAGGCGCACCCAGGCAGUGGUGAGCGGCCGCAGGAGCCGGCCCAGAGAGCGCGAGCGUCAGAGGGAGCGCGAGCGACCACGAGACGCACGCCGAGAGCGCGAGAGAGAGCGAGGCCGUGAGCGUGACCGCGACAGAGACCGCAUCAGAGACCGUGACCGAGAGAAAGAAAGAGGGCGCUAUCGAAGAUAGUCAUCAAGAGAAGUCAUCGCUACAACUUGUUUUCUGUUUUUUUUUUGGUCACAUGGCAAGGUUUCAGUGAUUCAUUAUGGAUUCUCUAUUGAAAAUCCCUUUUAAUUUCUUUCCAGAGAACACAACCCUAGUGUGUUGUUUUUUUUUGUUUCUGUAGAUAAUGUUUUUUUUUUCGUUGUUUUUUGCUCAUGUAUAAAGCUGAACUGUACUUCAAAAAAGCUCCACUCUUCCCUUCAAAGUAUUAUUUUUAAAUAUGUACAUUGUUUUACAGGACAUUGUUUGUAUCAUGCAUGCAGUGUUUUCUACUGUGACAACCAAAAAUCUUUUUUUUUUUUUCCCUUUUAAUCAUUGAGCGUCUAGAGGGCACUGUUUGCCAUGCUAGGAGUUGCUGCCAGUCCCUUACAUACAAUAUGUGUUACACUUGAGGACAAAUCUACGUCGUUUCCAUCCUAAUCAGCUCUGUAUAUGUCUCUGCCGAGGGGUUAAGGUAAUGCAAGCUUGUGUCUGUGAUAUUUGUAAUUGUACAUAGCUUCUGAAUGGACUGUUAAGCAGUACAACAGACUGCACCAAGUUCUUUUAUCUGGCUUUAUGUUCCAAAUGUUGUUAUGAGUAUGUGGGUGAAAAAAAGCAAUACCACCUUUUUUCUGUUUAAUCACUGAUGUAUACUGUAAAUUUCCUGAAAUGAAGGUCAGUAAAGCAACAUGCUAGAUGUUUUUGUCAGAAAAGUUGUAUCUUUUACUGGUAUCUUUUGUAUGAUUAAAAAGAAAACACUG